CACCCCUAUUUUGCUAAUGGUACAUUCCGCAGUUGCGACGCUCUAGCUGCAGCCUUGCCACAUCACUGCUGUCUGCUCAGUGGAUUUGCCUGUUCGUGUGUUUGUUUGUUGGGCAGUCUCUUUAUGUUCGCUGGUAAAAUGUAAUCGAUGAAACCAGACUAUUGAUUGAUGAUGUUAUAUUUUCAGCGAUUCAGCGAUAAAGAUCGCGUGGAAUUCGCGGCUGUUUUAAGAGUCGCUUUGAAGGAUUAUCUGUGAUGAUAGGCUAUUGCUGAGCAGCCGAUCUUCACAUGACAGCGCCUGGAUGAUGAAGACGGCGGCGUAAAUUUCAUCUAUUGACAAAUACAAGACAAUGCGGGUGAAAGAACAGCUGGUUUUUAUUCAUCUAGAAAUUCUAUAUCAUAUCAAGAUCGUAGGCUUUAUCUUAUUGGAUCAGGAUUUCAGUUGACAGAAUGGAAACGCAAAUCAGAAUAACCACAUGCGGACUGUGCGUAGACAAGGACCCUAACAUUAUCAUCCUUGCAAACAUUUUACUUCCUGUAUGAAAGAAGGUUUUGCUCCGUUUAAUAGUUUACAUCAUUCUUUUGCACAUGUAUAGCUGAUUUUAAUGCCACCUCUACGUUACAUCCUGUUACACUGCACAGCGUUAUGACGGUUCGCUGACCGGAGCUUGCUGUUUGUUAGUCUGUACCCAUCCUCAAGAUUCAGUGAUGAUAUUUUCUUUACGGACACGUCGCAACGGACCUACCAAUUCUAACUUUUCCUGUACAUCAUAUUUUGCCACCUAUGUUGUAUAGAUAAUGUGUUAUUUUUGUAUUUAUUUUCCAGUUCGGCAGUAAACCCUGCAUGUUAGUCUCCUUGCACUGAAAACAAAAUUGCACAUGAAAUUGUAUAUUUUAGAGCAUAGUCUAUUUAUUAAUUUAUGUAAGUUGUUUUUUUUUUUCAUAUUUAUGCUGAUUACCCAAAGUAUAGUAUUUUUGGAAAAGUAGCCGGCAGGUACUAGCCACUUCAUCUCAUUGCCCAAUCCAUAGCAAACCAACUUGAAAACAAGCCAACCCUGUUUAAGGUUGAGUGACAGUCAGACAAUCAGAUUGUAUGAAGAUGAAGGAGCUGUGUAGGAUCUGUGCUCGCGAGCUAUGCGGGAACCAGCGUCGCUGGAUAUUCCACCCGGCCUCCAAGUUGAACCUGCAGGUCCUGCUCUCCCACGCCCUGGGCAGGGAGCUGACCCGCGACGGCAAGGGCGAGUUCGCCUGCAGCAAGUGCACCUUCAUGCUGGACCGCAUGUACCGCUUUGACACGGUAAUCGCCCGCGUGGAGGCCCUGUCCAUCGAGCGCCUGCAGAAGCUGCUCCUGGAGAAGGACCGGCUCAGGCAGUGCAUCGGCGGCCUGUACCGCAAGAACAACAGCGACGACCUCGCGGCCCGGACGGUCGCGGAUAGCAAGGCCGCCGACUGCACCGUGGACAUCUCCAGCCUGCACGACGCCAAGUACAGCGCCCUGCUCCAGGAAGACCUGACCUACUCGGUGUACGAGUCCUGGGCGGAGCACGAGGAGCAGACGGUGGAGUCGCACCACCACCACCACUGCCACAUAUCGGAGGCGUCGGGCCCGCACCGUUCCAGACGGUGCCGGGGCUGCGCGGCUCUGCGCGUAGCCGACUCGGACUACGAGGCCGUCUGCCGGGUGCCCAGGAAGCUGGCCAGGAGCACUUCCUGCGGGCCGUCCACCCGCUACUCGGCCAGCGGGCAGGGGAGCGUGUGCAGCGAGGAGCCUUCGGCGGCCGUCACUCUGGUGCCCGAGUCCCUGCCCACCACGUCCGAGAGCGACCGGACCCUCAUGGACACCGACCCGGAGAGGGCGAGCGGCAGCUCCUCCAUAGAGUCUCUGGACACGGCGGUGGACUCGAGCCAGCCGGCGGACAGGGACGGCAGGGAGGACCUGAGGUCUGAGUCGCUGUCGGAGGAGCACGUGUACCUGCGGGGCUCCGCCGGGAGACUGGAGCUGGCGCUGAGCCUGGCGAGGAGCUGCGAGUACAGGCCUGUGCAGAGCCCUCGCGGGAGCAAGCUGCCCGUGCUGCUGAAACCCGCCUCCCCCGAGAGCACCGCCUACUCGGAGCCGGGCCUCCGGACCCCAUACAGCACUGGCUGCGACUCCUCCAGCGUCUGCUUCCCGGACCUGCCGACCCCGCGGGCCCAGCGGGACCUGCAGCUGGAGCUGGCCGAGCUGGAGGAGCUGUGGCAGGAGGCCUACGUGGAGUACCGGCCCUUUCGCUUCCGCCAGAAUCUGAUCGAGGAGCAGCAGACUCAGCUCAACCAGUAUGAGUGUGCUGCAGGUCAGUGUGUCAAUGAACUGCAGAAGGCCCAACUCCAGGUGCAGUCCUCGCAAGUCAAGAUCCAGGAGAGCGAGACCAACAACAGGAAGCUGCAGGAGAAGCUGUAUGAGAUGGAGUCUGAGCUCCGCGCCAUCAGGCAAGCAGCUCAGAAGCAGGAGCGCACCAUCCAGCGCCUGACCGACACCGUCAGCACCAAGAGCACUGAGGCGGAAGAACUGCUCAGCAUCAUCGAAGGGCAGAAAAAGAUGAUGUGCAAGCUUAAGGAAACAGUCAGUCGCUACCAGAUUACCCUGCAGGGGUCCAUGGCGGAGCCCCCAGCCCUGCAGGCGGAGGUCCUGGCCCUGCAAAGCUCGCUCUUCUCCACCCAGCUGGAGCUCCAGAGCGGCCAGAGGGUCCAGCGGCAGAGCCUGCGGCAGACCUCCGACCUCUCCCGCGCCCGCGACCGCCUCCAGAGUGACCUGCAGGAGGCGCUGCAGCAUGCAGAGGCCACGGAGAAGCACAACCAGGAGAUGCGCAGUGCUCUGAAGCAGGCCCGAGCUGACCUGCGGGAGAGGGAAGGGCAGGUGAAGGAGAAGGAGAGACAGAGGCUGGCGGAGGUAGAGGCGCGAGAUAAGACCAUCCAACAGCUGAGAGCGUCGCUGAAGGACAAACAGCAGCUGCUGCAGGAGUACUCUGAGCUCCUGGAGCAGCAGCAGGACCCCAGUCAGACCCGCGACGCCAUGCUGGACAAGCUGAAGAGCCGCAUUAAGGACAGGGACAGAGGCCUGGAGCGCGCCAUCGAUGAGAAGUUCCGCUGUUUGGAGGAGAAGGAGGGCGAAGUGCGGAGGCUGCAGCUGGCCCUGAGGGAGAAGGAGAUGGACCAGGAGAAACUGCGCUGCGUCCUGUCUAACAACGAGGAGACCAUCCUGCACCUGGAUAAGCUGGUUCAGGGGAAGGAGCUGCAGUUGGAGCAGACCUCCACGGUCAGCAGGAACCUGCAGAUGCUGAGGCAGGAGGCGGAGGAGAGGCUGGGCCGCAGCCUGAGGGAGAGAGACUCCAUCAUCAGCCAGCUGCAGGCCUCCCUGCAGACACACAGCAAGGAGGCGCAGGACCUGAGGGCUGCCCUGCUCAGUAAGACCCCAGCAGGCAGCGCCGGGUUGGUGGAGGAGCUGAGGCUGCAGCUCCAGCUGAAGGAGCUCCUGUUCCAGAAGGUUCUGUCUGACCGCAGCACUCAGGCCCAGCUGCACCAGGCUGAGCUCCAGGAGCUGCUCCACUCUCUCAGCUCCAGAGACCAGAGCAGCCAGGACUCUGCGGCGCGCCUGGGUCAGGUGAUCCGGCAGCAUACGGACGAGCUGCAGGAGCUGCGCAGGCAGCUGGGGUGCAGGGAGCGGGAGGUGAGGGAGCUCAGCAGGGAGAAGGAGCAGCAGGGCUGGGACCCGCACCUGGAGAUCAACCGCCUGCAGAGCCAGCUGCAGGAGAAGGAGGCCUUCAUACAGGAGCUGAUGCAGGAUGGCCCACAGGGCCAGGAGGAGCCCAUGAUCACCUCCAGGCCUGCAGAGGAGGCAGCAGGGGGCAGGAGGCAGGAGGGGCUGGGACAGAGAGACGUCCAGGCUGUGCAGGAGGAGCUCCAGCUGGUUCUGAGGAAGGAGAAGGAGGCCCAGCUGGAGCUGUGCACCCUGCGGUCCACACUGGCCAAGGACAAGGAGGAGAUACAGACCCAGGCUGCAGAACUGGAGGCCCUCACUAGGAGUGUGCACAUCAAGGAGCAGCUCAUAAAGGACCUCCAGACACAGCUGGUGGAGCCCUCUGGAUUGUCUCUGGUGGAGAGACUGACCCAGGAGCUUCAGGAGCUGAGAGAGACUGUGGCUAAGCAGGACCCCUCCAGCACCAAUCCCCAGAGCAUUUUGGAGCAGUUGGUGUCAGACUACAGCAGACUGAAUGACGCCCUGAAAACAGAGAAGCAGCUGUACCACAACCUGACUCAGAUCCACUCAAGUAGAGACGGCUCUGAGAAGGCCCGGACCCUGCAGGCGGAGCUGGGAAAGGUUCAGGCACUGCGGGGGCAGCUGGAGGAGGUCCUGAGGAGGGCUCGAGACUCUGCCCCGGUGCCGCAAAGAGCCGCAAAGACCCAGGCUGACUUUGGAGAGUUCAGCGCAGAGGAGGAAGAUGACGAUGAUGACUACAACAGCGAAUACACAGACAGCAUCGAUGAAGAAGAGAAUGUUAAACUAACAGCUGAAUCCUUGGCCAGCACACAGAACAUUGGGCUCUCCUGUGAAAACGGAGCUGGAGGACUAGAGGGGAGUAUGCUGUCCCACCAUGCAGUGGAGGAUGGGAAAGCCCUGGCUAAGGUGCAGCAGCUCCUGGAGCAGAAGAAGAUAGUUGAGCGUGAGCUAGGAGAGCUGAAAUUCCAGCUGGAGAAAGCUGGAUACACUUCUCUCUCUCAGAUGAGGACAGCCCUGCUCAGUCUGCGUAUGCGGACUGACGAGGUGCCGGAGCAGAAUGAACAGGAGACAUGGAGAAGAUGGGAGGAGAAGGGAGAGACAGGCAGACACCAGCAGAGCCUCUUCCCUGAGAAAGAGCUUCAGGAGGAGGAGGAACACUGCUCGAUAACAGCAGAAUUUGACAGCGACAAGCUGGGCCUUAUGCAGGGCAAACACAGCGCCCCCUGUGUGCAGCUGAGAGAGAGACAGGGGAAGAGGAGGUGCCCCCGGCCCCGCUCCCUUGACCUGGGGACUCUGCUCCUGCAACAUGUAGAAAAUACCAGCACACAGGCGGUGGACCCAGGGGAAGGCGGGUUCUGGCAGCACGUGGAGGAUGGGUUGCGGGAGAAGGCGCUGCAGCUGGGCUCGGACCUGGCCCUGAGCCGACAGGAGAGCCACGACCUGCAAGAGAGACUGAUGGUGUCAGAGGCCACAGUACAGGCCCAGGCAGAGCAGCUGAAGGACUACAGAGAGCUGCUCUCGGAGACCUCGGUCCAGCAGGACAGUAAGCAGGUUCAGGUGGACCUGCAGGAUAUGGGCUAUGAAACAUGUGGCCGCAGUGAAAACGAGGCUGAGAGGGAAGGUGCCAGCAGCCCAGAGUUCGAUGAUCUUGAAAUGUGCACGGCCCUGUCCAGGCAGGACGGUGGGACAGAGUGGUGGUCAGGGAAUUCUGGGAAGUGCGAGGACGUGGCGUCCCUGCAGCAGCAUGUGGAGGACCUUCACUCCCAGCUCUCACGUUCACGGGCGACGAUUCGCAGCCUACAAAGCCGGGUGCGCUCUCUCUCCACCACCAGCGACUACGCCUCCAGCCUGGAGAGGCCCCGCAAGGUCAACUGGGGCUUCCAGGCCUCGCCCGCCCACAGUGGCCUGGAGGAGGAUGAGGGCUGGCAGUCGGACGGACUUGGCACCCCCCGGAUCCGGCAGAGUCAGGAGCUCCAGGAACUAGUAUCCCGUGUGGCCUCCCUGGAGAACCAGCUGAAAAACUCCACUCCAAAGAAAAGCACUGAGGACACCAAGUCUGCGACCUGGCCAGGGAAGUUUGACUCGCUGAUCCAGGCGCAGGCCCGAGAGCUUUCGUACCUGCGGCAGAGGAUGCGGGAGGGCCGGGGCGUGUGCCACAUCCUGACCCAGCACCUGGGCGACACCACCAAGGCCUUCGAGGAGCUUCUGCGUGCCAACGACAUCGACUACUACAUGGGCCAGAGCUUCCGCGAGCAGCUGGCCCAGAGCAGCGCCCUGGCCGACAGCAUCAGCGCCAAGAUCAGCGGCCGGGACUACUCCGAACUCCCAGAUGACAAAAUGGGUCACGAGUUGCUUGCUCUAAGGUUAAGCAAAGAGCUCCAACAGAAAGACAAGAUCAUCGAGUCUCUUCGCUCCAAGCUUAAGCAGGAGCGCCCAGACACCCCCUCCAGCACCCAUGCCUUAUCUGACACCACCGACCAAUCGGACCAGACCUCCUUUGUGUCAGAUGAGCAGGGCUCCGUCCAUGAGGAUCUGGACCUGUGUUCUGACGUGGAUGCAGCCAGCGAGUAUGACCAGGAGGGACGACCCAGCCCCAGGCAACAGACCCAAACAGAUUCUCACCAUCACAGUAGCACCACCCCAAAGCACUCAUCUCUCCCAUCAUCCACCACUGCCUCGCAUGGGGCUCAGUCCACCAUCAGCUGUCCCAGCAUGCCAUGCACACAGCACACGCCUGUGGACAGUCCAGGACAGAAAGGCCUCUGUUCUGGACCCGUGUCCAGCUCUCUCCCCCUCCCUCAGACCCACUACUGCCCUGACCUCUCGGGUCAGAGGGCGCCUUUGCUCCUUGACCCUCACUCUUCCCUCCUGCACCCCGGUUACCAUGGAGCCGGGGCCUUCUCCUUGGCAGAGGUUCACCAGGAGCUGCAGAUGCUUCAAAGACAGCUGGGAGAGAGUGAACGCUUUGCUGUUCCCCACCCCCACGUCAAGCCCCUGUCCAGUUUCCCGCUGGCCGCUCACGCCCAUCCGAAUCCCGGCAGUUACAUGCACCUGUCCCACCAUGCCUAUGCGCAGCCUCAGUUUGCCUCUCCCGGUGCGAACUCCACACUGAAGACAGAUGCAAGUCUGCUAGAGAGCAGUGCAUUGUGGGAUAUGGCACACAUUUCACGGCCAAUCAGAACCAGCAUUUAUGGGGAUGUCUCUUCAGGCUCAUCGGGAUAUCAGUCCGGCACCAGCCACACAGGAGCAGACCUCAUGGAGGAAUAUCUGAAAGAGAUCCGCAGUUUGCGCCAACGUCUGGAGGACUCCAUCCGAACCAACGACCGGCUAAGGCAGCAGUUGGAGGAACGGCUGGGGACCACAGGCCGGGAUGGCGGGGCACCCACUAACAUCUACAUCCAGGGACUGGACUCUGUCAGCCAGCUGUCCACUGAGAACAGAGCCCUGAAGGAGGAGAACCUGGGCCUUCACGCUAGACUCCAGCAAAACAACAGAGGUAGCCUCCAGCUUCAAGACAAAUGUAAGGAGGCGGAGCAGCUGCGGGAGGUGGUGCUGGCUGCGCGGGCGCGGCUGAAGCAGGCGGAGCUGGAGGUGGAGCAGUGGAGGGAGGAGGGCAGGCGGCUGCAGGCCCACGGCUGUGAGCAGGCCCAGGAGAUCCAACGUCUGCGGCAGGACCGCCACAGCGCUCAGGAGUGCACCAACAGACUCCAGCACCAGGUGAACCUGCUCCAGCAGCAGCUGACUGAGAGCCGGCAGCUCCUGCAGUCCCUGCAGUGUGAGCUGCAGGUGUACGAGCGAGUGUGCGGAGCCGCCAAGGACCCUCGCACAGUGGGGAGCAGAGGAGGAGAGAACCUCUCUUCCCGGGAGCUUAGGGAUCUGCUAUCGGAGGUGCGCAGUCUGCGUGCCCAGCUGGAGCACAGCGUGGAGGAGAACAGCUCCCUGCGUGCGCAGCUGGAGAAGCAGCUGGGUAGAGGCGUGGCUCAAGGAGAGACCCACCCCUCUAGCACGCAACGCAGUGGCAGUUGCCGCAAGCAGCUCUUCCAUGAUCCUACCCCUUCUCCACCUGUUCGAGACACUGGCCUCUUCACCCCUGGAUCCACUUACUCCAAGGUCACAGAGCUGGAUGAUCCAGAAGCCAAGGCUAACGAUGUCUUGAAGCCGCAUCCAACUUUGGAAGGAGGGGCACCAGAUGGCUCGUUCUCCAACAAGAAGGGGAGGCACACCAUCGGGCACGUGGAUGACUUCAGAGCCCUGCAGCAGCAGGUCCUGGAGGGGAAGGUGCUGGUUAACAAGAUGGAGACUGUGCUGCAGGCCACGCUCGGAGCCGCCCUGCUGGAGUUCGGUUCGGCAAAGGCCCUGGACUACAGCAGCAUGGACAUCCUCCUGUCCAACGCCAAGACCCUGGGGCAGAUCCUGGACGAGGCCGCCUCCCUCCUCAAGAUGUUCUGGAGGGCCGCACUUCCCAGCAGCGAGGUCUCCGCUCAGCACAUCAAGAAGGAGCAGUCUAUGAAGGAGGAGAUCAGGCAGCUGAAGCUGAGGAUCACAGAGCAGGAGGAACUGCUGCAGGAAAGCGUGGAGAGGCUGAGGAGCACUAACCGCACAAAACAGAACAUGGAGCACUUCAUCGUCAGCCAGCUGUCAAGAACACGCGAUGUCCUGAAAAAGGCUCGGUCAAAUUUGGAGAAGAACGAGCACAGGAUUUCCUCCCUAAGCUCCUCCUCUUCCUUCCCCUGCCCUGGCGAAAUCCCAAGACGUUCCGGUGAGCCCCCUCCUGACUGGGGUUUCGUGAGUCCACGACCCCCCAGGUCCGCCAGAGGAGGACCCAGCCAGCGGGCUGAAAAUAAGCACAGCACACAACACCUGCUUCAGCUCGCCACGUAUUAAUCAGCACAAGGCUCAGAAAUCAGCAUCUCUGUCCAGCACUGGAAUCUUAAUUCAAAGGGAAACAACAAUAUUUUUCUUUUUUUAAAUUGUCCUCCUCUGAACCCUGCUCAGAAAAACGUUUUGGUCUCCUUGAAAACAUUCAGAGUCAAAGGAUUUUGACUGACAAGCAUUAAACAGGAUUUAGAGAUCACCUCUUCAGGCAAAUCCUGCCUGCCUUGUUUCUGUUACCAGACAAGUUAUGGACUGGUAGCAUACUGUGUAGCUUAAUGUUGAUAUACACCUUAUGACACAAGCCAUACUGUAAUAACUAACCAACCUGUUUGUCUUCCCAUCCUGCUGCCUUUCUUCAACAUUUUUCAUACUCAACUAUUGGGGAAGAUGUUUUAAGGUUUUAAUAUUUAAGUUCUCUUAUUGCUGAGAAAGUGUCUUCUGAAAUACCAGGGGCAAAGUAUAUGGGUACUGAAGAUUAAUAUAUACUAUAGUAUUUAUUAUGGUAGGUCCUCUCUGAGUGACUGAGUGGUUUUCCAGCCAUUUUUGAAGCAUUCUGAAUUGGGGAAAGAACAAUGUGUGUUCAGCAUUAGAAUGAACUAUUGUUGAUGAGAAGGUGCAAUAAGAGCUGUACACUACAGCAGCUUCACCCAACACUGAAACUAUGCUUUUACUGCACAAAGCUAAAGACCAUCGGUGCAAUAUUAGUGCAAUACUACUGACUGGACAUCUGCAUGUUCUAGCAGCAUAACAUGGGGGGUAAUGAAAGGACCAUACAAUUCAUCAACAGGGAUCACCAGUCCUGCCAAAGUUUAACUCCUUCUCAGUGGCAGUGAUGUAAAAAUGUUGUGAUGUGUCCAAAGUGAAGCCUCAUUUUAAAACAAACAAGAAAAAUAAUCAAACAACCAAAGUAGUAUAUACUGUAGAUAGAGGGGCCAGAGUCAUGCUGUCUAACCACAGCUGCUUUGGUUCCUUUAGGUUGGACACUGUUUAAUAAUUUAUUUGAAAAAAAAAAAUAUAUAUAUAUAUAUAUAUACUUUACAACUCAUUUUAUGGGAGGUAGUUGAAAGAAACAAACAGGAAAACAAACUAUAUCUAUAAGUUUUGUUUUUACACAGGUUUGAUCUAACAUAGGCAUUUAAUGUCUAUUGAGGUUACCUGUUUGUUUUGGUGGGUAUCUUUUCAAGUUGUUCACAUUGGACAAAUUGCCUAGGCUAAUCGUGCCUGAAGGCUUUUUUUCCAGGUAUCGAACUACCUAAGUAAAAUGCUAUCCUUGUAUGCACCUUGCAAUGGUGUCAGUCACAGAGCCUUUGUGAUUAUGUAUUUACUUUGUACUACCAUUCGCAACAAUAGUGUUUGUCGGGGGAAAUAUCCCCCCAAAACCAAAAUAUUUAUGAAAAAAGGUCUCUGGUGCCUAUUUAAUACAUUACAUUUUUCUUUUUUCAGAUUUGCAUAACAUUCCCUGAUUAUCACAGCAAAUGUUAGAUAUUCCCCAACAUGAAAUAAGUUGUCAAACUUUGGCAGGGUAAAUACCUCUAUUUUCUGCUUCAGUUAUGCUAAUAUUGGACAUGCAGAGGGGGUUGUUUCUUGUUUUUGCAUAUAACUGUAAAUAACAUGCAUUACAUAAACCAGUUCUCUGUGAUCAGUAAGUAUGCAAUUAGCUAUACAGGCAGUAUUAAGUGUUGGGUAGUCAUACAAUAGCUUAUAGCUUUGCUUUUUUCUGAUGUUUUAUCAUUGAAUACACAUUAGCGUAUGUUUUAGCUUUCUAAGUGCCAUGUGAAGCAUUUAAGACCACACGCAGGCUAGGCAAAGGAUAGAGGCAUUUCAUUUCCUUGAGCUUGAGAUUAGACUUCCAAGAAUAAAAGUCUUGCAAGGCUUAGUCUUGCAAGGCUUAGUGCCAUCUGGCUGAACUGCCAAUAUGGCCUUUGUGUGUGUCAGUCUUUUCAGAGCCCUUGAGCAUAGCUUGUAGCCUGGUUCUAGAACACAACCCCUGAGUCAACUAUACUUUCACAGUUUCAUAUUCAAUAAUGAAACAGUAUGGAGAAACCAAAGAUAAUGAAUAAUAAUGUAUAAGCAACAUUAAAUAAACUCAGCUGCAUGCUGAAGGGAACAGCACGUCAACAGAAGUGGAGCUAUGCAAUGGGUAUGGGCCUUGUAUCAUAUGUAUAUAGUGCUUUGAUACUGAAUGAAGUUAUACGUGUAGAUGAUUUUGUUGGGGGAAAAGACUGUUUCUAGGUACUGUAUGCUGACAGACCCAAUGGGCUCUUGUCCAUGAACCUGACCAUGUGUGAUGUGCAGAUUAAAGGGUGUUCUGAAAGCUUUUGCUUUAAAAAAAAUUCCUUGUGGUAUUUUUUCAUACUUCCUAAGUAUGUAAACAAAUCAGUUGAAAUUCUUCAAAUUAAUUCAAGCAGGUAUAUGCCAAAAUAAAAUCCAUA